CUCUUAACCCGCGCGCGGGGGCGCCCGGGCCACUGGGCUCCGCAGAGCAAGCCAGCGGUCAACGCAGAGCCGGAGCCGCGCGCGUCCAGUCCCGAGGCCGACACCAGCACGCCGGCAUGGCCCCCGCAGCGGCGUCGGGGGGCAGCACCCUGCCCAGCGGCUUCGCGGUCUUCACCAGUUUCCCGGACCUGCUCUUCAUCUUCGAGUUUGUCUUCGGGGGCCUGGUAUGGAUCCUGGUCGCCUCAUCCCUGGUGCCCAUCCCCCUGAUCCAGGGCUGGGUGAUGUUUGUGUCCGUGUUCUGCUUCCUGGCCACCACAACCCUCCUUGUCCUGUACAUAAUUGGUGCCCACGGCGGGGAGACUUCCUGGGUCACCCUGGAUGCAGCCUACCACUGUGUCGCUGCCCUGUUUUACCUCAGCGCCUCCGUCCUGGAAGCUCUGGCCACCAUCGGGAUGCAGGAGGGCUACACCUACAAACAGUACCACGAGAACAUCUCCGCUGUGGUGUUUUCAUACGUGGUCACUCUCCUGUAUGUGGUCCAUGCUGUGUUUUCUCUCAUCAGAUGGAAGUCUUCUUAAAGCCACAGAACUUGUUCUGAAAACUCAGACGGUGUUCACUGACCAGCCCGCCUUCCGGUGUAACAUUUUAGAAUGCAGAAAUACUCCCGAGGGCGGGAAAAAGAAACCAAACAAAAAGCAACGCUCUGUCUCUUGUGGGUGUUACGUUGACUCUCCCCUAUACCUUCAUGUCAGGGUUGGGGGGCUUGGGCAUUUAACCUCCAGUGACUGAGCUAUCUUUCUAGAGCUGUUUUCUGUUUGUGAAAGGGGGCCAGGGGGGUGGGAAAUGGGGACCGUGACCACAAAACCAAGAUGCCCUGCUAAGCCCUGGACCGGAUCUUGAGAACUGUCUGCUGGAAUUUUCCACGAGCUCUUUUGAGGACCCAUCCUGGGGCCCGUUUCCAAGUCCUCACAGAUAGCCUGCCUGUCCUGGGGGGGGUAGAGCUCACCCAGCAAGUGUCUGCAGAUGUCCACGGUGGAAGAUGAUAAAACUUUGGAAAACGUCAUGCAGUGCCUUUAUGCUCAGUACCUUUGUGGGGUCUUUGGGGGGUUUGUUUUUAAUUUCCCAGUUAUCAGGGACUCCGUCAUUACCGUUGUCUUUCCGAGGAAUCCUUGGGCUUACAUGGAAUCUCGAGAGGCAACAUCAAAUGGCAGUUCAGAGGACAGCUGCGUACAUCCUGCCAGAGAGCCCGUCACUGGGUAUCCGCACCCCACCCCCCCAGCAACCAUGCUUGGUUGAUGGCUCUGUCCUCUCUGGAAACACAUCAAGUACCAGCCCCAGGGGACCCCUUCUUUCAGGUGGAACACAGACCCCCUACAAGACAAAGGGGUCUGUGCUCCAUUAGAAAGUCCUUAAGCCAGGGGACACCUGGGUGGCUCAGUCAGUUGAGCAUCCCACUCUUGAUCACUGCUCAGGUCUUGAUCUCAGGGUCAUGAGUUCAAGCCCCACACUGGGCUCAAUGCUGGGUGUGGUGUCUACUUAAACCAACCACAAGUCCUUAAGCCAAAAGAAAACAGGGUGCAAAAAGUUCCUUCU